CAGUGUGCCCCCACAUCAGACUCUCCGCCGGGCCGUCACACCGAGCUCCAGCCAGGUUCGGUGAUCUCUGCGCGGAUUUUCCUCCCGAUCAGGACCGUGGGAGAGAUGCGACGUCUCGGGGGAGGAGGAGGAGACGAACUGGCCAGGCAGCAGCAGCAGCAGCAGCAGCAGCAGACACCUGAGAGCAGGAUCUGAGUUUGUUUCAAUAACGUCAAAGAAAGGUUUAUUGCGGUCAUCACUAUGACUGAUGGGGAUUAUGACUACCUUAUAAAGCUCCUUGCCCUGGGGGACUCCGGCGUGGGGAAGACCACCUUCCUGUACCGAUACACAGACAACAAGUUCAACCCCAAGUUCAUCACCACAGUCGGCAUCGACUUCAGGGAAAAGAGAGUGGUGUACACAGCGUCCAACCCCAAUGGGACGACCACAGGGAAAACCUUCAAGGUUCAUCUUCAGCUCUGGGACACAGCUGGACAGGAGAGGUUCCGCAGCCUGACGACGGCGUUCUUCAGAGACGCCAUGGGGUUCCUGCUGAUGUUUGAUCUCACCAGCCAGCAGAGCUUCCUCAAUGUCAGAAACUGGAUGAGCCAGCUACAGGCCAACGCCUACUGUGAGAACCCAGAUAUUGUGUUGGUAGGAAACAAAGCAGACCUGGCCGACCAGCGGGAGGUUCAGGAGAAACAGGCCAAGGAGCUGGCAGAUAAAUACGGGAUCCCGUACUUUGAGACGAGUGCAGCGACAGGAGCAGAGGUGGACAAGGCGGUGAUAACACUGCUGGACCUGGUCAUGAAGAGGAUGGAGCAGUGCGUCGACAAACCGCCCGCCGAGCCCGCCAAUGGGAACGGGGCCACAAAGCUCGGUGAAGCACAGCCCAACGAGAAGAAAUGUGCAUGUUAGAUCAAGAGGCGAAUCAGGAAAACAACCAGUCAGCGCUCCUCCAUUAUCUGUCCUUUCUACUCGUCACAUUCCCUCUGUCUUUUUGCUUUCCUCCCUCUGUCAUCUUUGAUUGCAUGUUUCUUUGUCUUCUCUUCACUUCCUCCUCUCUAAAACUAACCUUUAACCACCUUCUCAAUUCUUUCUUUUCCUCCCAAACUGUCUGCCUCUCUGGCUAUGAAACAACCCUAGCCCCCUCUAGUGGAUAUUGAAGAUAUCACAGUCUCAGCCUGUCUGCCUUUCAUCUCGGUUUAGGAAGUUAAAACAGGAGGGGAGAGUUUCAUCACUGUCAAACACAUGAUGUGCCUCGUUAAAACAUGCAGCCUGGGAAUUAAGCUCUGCGUGCUCCCACUUUCUCUGCUCACAAGUGGUUUGAAUGAUUUAAAUGGCUCUAAACAGAUGUUUAAAACUUUAAUUUCAACUCUUUUCAUCACUUUGUAUCAGGGGAAAGAUUUUGCUUCCUGUUUAGGUCGUCACGGGUUGACAGUCUAAUCUGGGCCAUAAAGAGUUUAACAUCAAGCUGUGUAUCUGUAUCGAUUCCUGAAGCCUUUCCCCCUGGACCAGGCUGAGCAACUGUGUGACAAAUGUAUUUUUAUUCUUACUUUUUCCCUGUUUCACACUGUGUUCUAUGCUGUACCCGUAUUUGCCAAAAAAUAUAAUUUUUCACAACAGUUUUGCGUGGUUCAGUGAUGCUAGACGUUUGCUGAAAAUGCAUCAAAUUGUGUUUUGUGUAAUUUAGCUACGGUGUCUUGUAGGAGAUCUUCAACAUCUGAGUGAUAAUGGCUGUUGACAGGUGAUUAGCAGAGGAGGGUAAAAAGCCCGUGGAGUUUGUUUGUGGCAUACCCUUCGCUGACGUGUAUUAGCAGCUAAUGUAGCUAGCCACAAACUAGCUAACGUAGAGUAGCCUACAGUGCCUGGCAGUGUUAGCAGUGGCUCGGGCUGCAUGCUUAUAUUAAGAAAAGCAUCUGAGGAGUAUUUUUGGAGUAAAGACACUAUAUGUAGUUUCAGUAACUUUCAAAUGGAAACACAUCACGUGGAAAAAAAACAUUUUGUAUCAGACUUCUCGCCACACAGCCAACAUCGUAUUAUCCACAACAGCUCUGUUUGUUCAAGGUUGUUGUGACUGUUGAGUAAUUACUCUCUGUGCCAAGACUUGUAGUUUUCUCUGGAGGAGCGCUCAUCCAUCUUUAUAUCUGACUUUUGAUACCAAAACAAUAGCAUGUGGAAAGUUAAGCUUACAUACACUGCUGUUUUCUUUUUUGUCUGUUUGUACAGGAUUGCCAUAUGAUUGAUUAGAUGAUUAGAAAUAGCAUUUUUUGGAUACUUUGGGUACUUUUACAUUACAUAUAACAUUGAAUUUUUACGUAUACAUGUUGGACACGGCUAACCUCCAUGACCUCCAUGAUGGUGUCAGACUUGGCUGAUUGCAGGGUUCAUAUCUUAGGAUGAAUAUGGGUACAGCAUGUUACAUGUGCAAUGGAGGAAAACAGCCUACAUUUUAUAUCAUUAUAGACCAGAUCAUAGACCAGGAGAGACGUAUUGUUCCAAAUUGAUCUACUGCCUUGUCUUUUAAAGCGUUAUUCCACUGUGGAAGGACAGACUUAAUCUCUGUUGGAGUUUGAGGCAUGUCAUCUAUAUUGAUUGCUCUGGGGGUCCAGUGUCACCAUCACUUACUAACAUUUAACUGAAAACAAAACUUUAAAGAUAGAACCAACAUGGCAUUUGAGUCAGUUAUAGCUGCACUGAAAGGUGAGUGGAGAGGAUAAUCUUAUCUAAUCAGAAUCCUUUUUUUUUUAUCAUGGAAAUCAUGAAACCUUUCUGAGAACGGAUAAAAUGCCAAACGUCAGUCAGGUGAUGUUAGAUCUCCAGGGCAGCUGAUUUUAUAGUUUGACCUUCUGUUUUUAACAGAUAAUCAGACAAAGUGAAAUAUCGCUUUAAGGCCCCAUACAUGACCAAUGUUGUUAGAGUAUAAACCAAUUAUUUAUAUUAAAAGAAAUGUAAAACUAGUAUCUCUGUUUUCAUAUUUCACAUUUUUUCUCAUAUCCUUCUCACACUCAUUUCUUCUUUUGAUGUUUCAUGUCCAUCAGGCGCAAAUUAUCUAAACUGCAUUUAUAUAUGUGAGAUAUUUUUUUCAUUGCUAUCGUGCUCUUAUCUAAUCCCAUAAUUACAAAUUUAGUAGCAUAAUGUGUCUGUAACCUGAAGAAUAUAAACUCCUGAAGAAAUACAGUAGAAAUAAUUUGCUCAACACUUGAAGUGACUGUGGACCAACUUUUUGUCCUGACCGUUGGUGUGCAGAAAACCCAGUGAAAUCGUGGCAUAGUGAAACUAAAUUCCACUUCAGCGUUCAGUGUAAAAGGAUGUUGUUGUACCAUGAUGCUUGAGAACACUGAAAAACAUCCAUCUGUAGAAGCCAUUUAGAUGGAAAUUACUAUAAAAAUACAGUUUAAGUGUCAAAAUCAGCUUCAGUCCUGAGAUAAUCUCUUUUGUUUUAAUUGCAUCUAAACAAUUUUCCUCUUGUCAAGUAACACCUUGAUCUGCCUUACUUCAUGAUAAAUCUUGAGACAAGUUGAGGUGCACCAGAAUCAAGGGAAAUUAUCUUUUUCCAUCAUUGCCAUUAUUGCUUGCCACCUGCUGCCAAUUAAACCUUAUUUUGUCUUUCAGUUUUUGUUCGUGGUCCCAGCUCACAGCUGUUUAGUGUUAAAACAACUGCAGGUUGGUUUUCUAAGCAGUGACGCCAAAUGGGUCAACAGUAAUGUUAAUGGAAAGUUAAAGCAUAGAGCUUUGGCUUCACCUCAUCACAUAUAUUUUAUCUGACAAAGAAGCAUUUGAUUUCUUCAAACUCAAACCUCAUUCUGCCACUCACAAAAAAUAUAUGUUUUUGUGUCUGUUCGUUUUCUUUUGUUUGAAAGCCAAGCAGAGUGAUUUGCCAACAGCUGAUCUCAGUGCCAUAAUAAACACUAAUAAGGAGAUAGAUGGAUGGACAGACAGAGCUGGCUCAUAUUAUAACAUAAUCUCCCAGUUAUUUAGCAGCAUAAUAGUGAUUAUUUUCCCAGAAAAUAUUGUUGUUUGCACUGUUUCAGCUCAUCAUUUACAUACUUUUUUGUUCAGAUCUGUAAAUUGUAUCUUUUAUUAUGGUUCUAAUGUAUGUAAUCAUAGUGUACAGGUUAUAUUAGUCCCAUUAUAUAUUUUUUUCUAUACAUAUUUCAUUUACAUUUACAUUUAACACUGCACUUACUAUAGGUUUUGUUUGUUUCCUUUGCUGCAGCUUUCAUUCAUGAAGCAAGUCCUGUUACAGUAAUGCAAGUAAUACUUCAAUAGAAUCAUAUAAUUAAGACUUGGGUGGCUGAAACUGAAAGAGCUGAAAACAGCACCAACAUAUUACCAUUAUAAAGUUGUCUUGACUAAGGUGUUGCCUAGUUACACAUCAAGCACCUCUAUACCAACCCUUGAGAAAAAAUAUGUGGCUCUUUACCUGCUAAAUGCCCAAGUUUGAUGUUACUGACACUGUUGAAUGAACUUACCCACCAUGCUGUACUGAAAGCAGAUUCAUGUGGUCAUUAAAUGAUUCAGAUUCAGAUGUCCCCCCUUUCUUCACCAGCUAGUUGUUAACUUUGUCUGUAUGCUGUUUGAUGCUGGGCAGGUAGAGUACAGUGGAUUUAUGUGACCUUGUUUUCUGACAACAUCUGCCUGCCGCUGGGUCGAUGAGAGACCGAACCAGACAGUAAAUAUGCAGUAAAACCAAAACGAUGAGCUGAAAGAGGCUAAAAAAAGCUUCACAACACGCUGCAUAAUUCACUCUGGGUUCACAAUGACUGUCACCUUUCAAAAUACACAUAGUAAUGUCAUCCAUUAUUUCCAUGAAAAUAUUGACUAAUGCAGCUUUAAAAUGUCUCAUAUGUGUUUUUAAAUCUUUUAGUAAGGUUACCGUGUGUUGAUUUCAUAAAAGCCACUUGUCAGGUUUGUAAGUUGCUUCAGUUUUUAUAAAAUGUCCAUGUUUUCUUUUUAAAACUUAAGUGAAACAAUUAAAUUAUGAGGUAGAAAGAAGGUUAGUUGCCCAUAAAUGUCAUACAGCCUUACUGAUCAAGAUGACUGGCAACUAAUUUAGAAUUAAUUCAUUUUGCAUUGUUAAAACAAAUGACACAGCACUGAAACGAAUCCUUAAGAUAUACCCAAGGUCAAAUUAAAUAAAGCAAGGGGACAAAAUAAACUUAAGCAUAGACUGUACCAAAUUAAUAGUUAUGAUUGGAAUUGAUUUUCUUAUUUGAAAUUUUCUCAGUCCAAAUUUCCUGGGCAGGUGCCUCCAGAUGGAUAUCUUACAUCUUCAACCAAUGCCUUUUAAUCAUGACAAUCUCUUGAACCAAUUUGCCAGCUUUUAUCUGAGACUUCCUUCUUAUGUUGCUUCUUAAUAUCUUUUUUUUAAUCAAAUUUCAUUUGAAUUUGUAGAAUAUGUUUGUCCCUUUUGCUUAAAUCUAGUAUUCAGUUGUGCCACAGUUGUGUCUUACGUUUACUUCACUGUCUUAAAUCAUGUUUUCUGAAAGCAUCUCUUUCAUAAACCUUCUCAGUCUUUAAUGUAGUUUUUGAAUUCACUUUGAAAGUUUACACUGUUUGAAGAGUCAUGUUGUGCCUGUUAUUAACUCUUCUGUCUGAUCCUCUGUAAAGUUUGUGAGCUACUGAAUAUUUUAAUGCAUUAUUGAUAAUAGAAACAAAACAGAGGAAAAAGAGAACAGAAGUCCUUAUGUUGUUUUUGUGCUCAAUAUAUCAAAACAACUAAUCAAUCCAAGUACCUCCAAGAGCUUUUAUUUUUGGAAAUCCUCUGUGUGUGAAUUCUCUCUGAUGCCUGCGGUUUGUACACGUUUGUUCAGUUUUCACUGUGUGUAUCGAUGCCUGUGUGUGUUUGUUGGGUUUGUUGCACUGUUAGCAUGUUUGACACCACAAGAAUGGAAUGACCUGUGAUGCGUUUAGUGUUUCUGAUGUCAGAGCUGCAAAUAAAUCUCUGUGUUUGUUUUUA